CGGACGCACCGACGGACGGACGUGCGUAGCGCCCCGCGGGCCUCACCGGACAGGGGACCCUUUGGCUGCAGGUGGCACCUCGGCUGGCCGUGGACCAUGGUGAUGUUCCGGGAGCCCGUCGGAGCCUGGCUGGCCCUGGCCCUGGCCCUGGGCGCGAGCACGGGCGCGGCCGCCCCGCCGCAGGACUGCACGGGCGUGGAGUGCCCGCCGCUGGAGAACUGCAUCGAGGAGGCGCUGGAGCCGGGGGCCUGCUGCGCCCGGUGCCUGCAGCGGGGCUGUGCCUGCGAGGGCUACCAGUACUACGACUGCCUGCAGGGCGGCUUCGUGCGCGGCCGCGUGCCCGCCGGCCAGUCCUACUUCGUGGACUUCGGCAGCACCGAGUGCUCCUGCCCCGCCGAGGGCGGCAAGAUCAGCUGCCAGUUCAUGCUGUGCCCGGAGCUGCCCCCCAACUGCAUCGAGGCCGUGGUGGCGGCCGACAGCUGCCCGCAGUGCGGCCAGGUGGGCUGCGUCCACUCCGGCCGCAAGUACGCGGCCGGCCACACCGUGCACCUGCCGCCCUGCCGGGCCUGCCACUGCCCGGACAGCGGCGGGGAGCUCAUCUGCUACCAGGUGCCCAGCUGCCAGGAGGCCGCGCCCACCGCGGCCCCCGGGAACUUCUCGGAGCGGGAGGCCAAGGAGCCUGGCAGCCACUACGAAGACCCCUACAGCUACGAGCAGGAGGAGGCGGCUUUGGUGGGCGAGCUUCAGGUCGGCACGCGGGGCCCGGCCACCCUGGGAGGCGGAGGUCAGCUGCUGCCCGCCAUCCAGGCCACCCCCUGGCUGGCCGCCCUCCUCAGGCCCACUGCGGCGGCCGCCCUGGGCCCCCCGGCCCCUGUGCAGGCCAAGCCCAGGAGGGUGACGGAGGACAGCCGGGCGGGAGGGGCCGAGGACAGGGAGGCCGGCGCCGUCCCGGAGCAGCUGGCUACAGGCGGGCUCCCCGGUCUCGAGAGGCCUCCCGGGUCCGGCCCAGCCAGGCCCAGUCCCCCUGCCCAGGAGGAGCGGGCAGACGCCGGAGCGGGGCCCGAGGAGAACCUUAUCCCGGACGCCCAGGACACCCCGCAAAGCGCUGGCCCGGGGGGAACUGGCCCCGAGCUGGGGCCAAGCACAGCCAGUGUCCUGCAGUCUGCGGCCACAGCGAGCUCUCCCGGAGACCCCACAAAGCCCAGCAUCCAAACCAUCCUGACGACACCUCCCCACGAGGCCAUCCAGGUCCUGCCCGUCCAGGAAGCACCCCAGCAGCCCCCGGCUCUGCUCCAUCCUCGGCCAGAGGAGGACACUGACCCCAACUCUGUCCAUUCUGUCCCCAGAGGGGACCCUGAAGUCUCCACGAGGGACCUGAUCGAGACGUGCUGCGCGGCCGGGCAGCAGUGGGCCAUCGACAACGAGGAGUGCCUGGAGGUGCCCGAGAGCGGCGCGGAGGGAGACGUGUGCAGGACGGCCCAGAAGCACUGCUGCACGUCCUACUUGAAGGAGAAGAGCUGCAUGGCCGGUGUCGUGGGGGCCAAGGGGGGCGAGGCCUGCGGGCCGGAGGACAGCGACACCUGCGGCGUCUCCUUGUACAAGCAAUGCUGUGACUGCUGCGGCCUGGGGCUCCGCCUGCGGGCCGAGGGCCUGUCCUGCGAGUCCAACCCCAACCUGGGCUACCCCUGCAACCACGUCAUGCUGUCCUGCUGUGAGGGCGAGGACCCCCUCAUGGUGCCGGAGGUGCGCCAGCCCCCGGAGCCCGCGGCUGCACCGGAGAGAGUUUCAGAGGCGCAGCUGGGGAGCCGGGAGGCCCUGUCCCUGGGCGCAGAGACCGAACUGCCCAACAGCCUGCCCGGCGACGACCAGGACGAGUGCCUGCUGCUCCCGGGGGAGCUGUGCCAGCACCUCUGCAUCAACACCGUGGGCUCCUACCGCUGCGCCUGCUUUCCCGGCUUCUCACUGCAGGAGGAUGGCCGCACCUGCCGCCCAGACAACGGCGGCCCACAGCCUGAGGCUGCAGAGGAGUCGGCACUGAGGUCGGAACCCUCCCAAGUGGCCCCCAACACCAUCCUGCUGCCACGGCCGCAGCCCAAUACCUGCAAAGACAACGGGCCGUGCCGACAGCUGUGCCGCAUGGUGGGCGACAACGCCAUGUGCUCCUGCUUCCCCGGCUACGCCAUCAUGGCCGACGGCGUGUCCUGCGAAGACCAAGACGAGUGCCUGCUGGGCACUCACGAUUGUAGCCGGUGGCAGUUCUGUGUGAACACCCUGGGAUCCUUCUACUGUGUCAACCACACAGUGCUCUGUGCCCAGGGCUUUAUCCUCAACGCGCUCAGGAAGUGUGUGGACGUCAACGAGUGCGUGACCGACCUGCACACCUGCAGCCGCGGUGAGCGCUGCGUGAACACCGUGGGCUCCUUCCGCUGCUACAAGGCCCCCAGCUGCCCGCCCGGCUACGCCAUGGAGGACGGGGAGUGCCUCGAUGUGGACGAGUGUGAGCUGGGCACGCACACCUGCCCGGCGGGCGCCACGUGCCAGAACACUCGGGGCUCCUUCCGCUGCCAGACCCGGCAGCGCUGCCUGGAGGGCUUCCUGCAGGACCCUGAGGGCAACUGCGUGGACAUCAACGAGUGCACGUCCCUGCCCGAGCCCUGCCGGGCUGGCUCCAGCUGCGUCAACACCGUGGGCUCCUACACGUGCCAGAGGAACCCGCUGCUGUGCCGGCGCGGCUACCGCGCCAGCGAGGACGGGACCACGUGUGUGGACGUGAACGAGUGUGAGGCGGGCACGCACCAGUGCGGGGAGGGCCAGGUGUGCCACAACCUGCCCGGCUCCUACCGCUGUGACUGCAAGGCCGGCUUCCAGCCCGACGCCUUCGGUCGGGCCUGUGUCGACGUGGACGAGUGCUGGGCCUCGCCCGGCCGCCUGUGCCAGCACACCUGCGAGAACACGCCCGGCUCCUACCGCUGCUCCUGCGCCCCCGGCUUCCAGCUGGCCGCCGACCGCACGCGCUGCGAAGACGUGAACGAGUGUGAGGCCCAGCGCUGCAGCCAGGAGUGUGCCAACAUCUACGGCUCCUACCAGUGCUACUGCCGCCAGGGCUACCAGUUGGCCGAGGACGGGCACACCUGCACAGACAUCGACGAGUGUGCCCAGGGCGCCAGCAUCCUGUGCACCUUCCGCUGCGUCAACGUGCCGGGGAGCUACCAGUGUGCGUGUCCCGAGCAGGGCUACACCAUGGCGGCCAACGGAAGGUCCUGCAAGGACAUCGACGAGUGUGCCCUGGGCACCCACAACUGCUCGGAGGCCGAGACCUGCCACAACGUCCAGGGCAGCUUCCGCUGCCUGCGCUUCGAGUGUCCCCCCAACUACGUCCGCGUCUCCGGAACGAAGUGCGAGCGCACCGCGUGCCACGACCUCGCCGAGUGCCAGAGCUCCCCGGCCCGCAUCACCUACUACCAGCUCAACUUCCAGACCGGCCUCCUGGUGCCGGCUCACAUCUUCCGCAUCAGCCCGGUGCCCGCCUUUGCGGGGGACACCAUCGCCCUCACCAUCACCAGGGGCAACGAGGAGGGCUACUUCGGCACGCGCCGGCUCAACGCCUACACCGGCCUGGUCUACCUGCAGCGCCUGGUGCGCGAGCCCCGGGACUUCGCCCUGGACGUGGAGAUGAAGCUGUGGCGGCAGGGCUCCGUCACCACCUUCCUCGCCAAGAUGCACAUUUUUUUUACUCCCUUUGCCCUGUGAGGCAGCCGCCCCAGCCCCCUGCGCCGGGCCUUGGCCCCCGGGGCGCCGCCCUCCAGCGCACCGCUCUGGGCGCGCAGCACCGUGCGGGUGGGGCGGGCAUUGGUGUCUUUUUGCUCCAAUUGUAAAUUAACUUAAUUUUGCCGACUCCAGCCCCCUCGGGUUCCUGGUGGGGAUCUCGGCAGCCGGGUGCGGGGGGCUUGGACAGCGGCACGAGGUCACUGCGGGCGGAGUGAGGACCCCACAGGUGGCAUUAAAGGCUGGAAACGGGCCCGUGGGGCUUUGGGCUCAGCGGGAAGGCCCGGCCCCAAAGCUGAUGCUCCAUUUCCUGUUUCACUGCGAUUCCCUAAGAACAUCGUGUUUGUGUUUGAUCGUGGCAGUAGCCCACACGCGGCAGGAAAUCUCAGAUA